AUCCACAGCAUGCUUUACUUCAGACCAGUUGCUGAAUGGAACACGAUCGAAGCCGCAGCGUCUCUCUCUCUCUUUCUCUCUCUCUCUCUCUCUCUCGCAUCUGUCCAUUCUUUUUCACGGAUUUACUGCUUGUUCUACACACAAGAGGAGCAUUUUCCUGGAUUAUACCCAAUUAGAUUUAAAAUCUGGAUUACCGGAUCACAUAAAUUUAAGGCUGAAACACUGGACUGUGUUCUAUUCAGAGCUCCACACGUUUCUUCACUUUUUUUUCUGCAGUGAGAUGAAAAUAUGAGAGUCUGGAGGCUCUCCGGUUCUAUUCGCCCUUGAGAAGUGAUCCGAGGUGCUGUUCCAGGCGCGCGAGGAGGAAACGGAGCCAUGAGUCGCGCGCUCACCGAGCCCGUGGCCACUAGCUUCCGGGAAGACGCGCCUCGUCCGCCGGUACCUGGAGAAGAGGGUGAGGACGAGGAGGCGUCGUCGUCGUCGCGUCACGAUCCGUCGGCGUAUAUGAAGCUCAAGAACGCGGUGAAAACGGUGCGCGCGCCGCGGAGAGAUGAGGACGGUCUGGGCGAGCCGGAAGGCAGCGCGUCACCAGACUCGCCGCUCGCGCGCUGGACCAAGUCGCUGCGCUCGCUGCUGGCCGACCAGGACGGCGCGCACCUGUUCCGGACUUUCCUGGAGCGCGAGCGUUGCGAGGACGCGCUCGACUUCUGGUUCGCGUGCAACGGCUUCCGGCAGAUGGACCUGCAGGACGCGAAGACGCGCCGGGUCGCGCGAGCCAUUUACAAGCGCUACGUGGAGGGUCGCGGCGUCGUGGCUGAGCACCUGCGAGCAGCGACGCGCGCGUGCAUCCGCGACAGCGUCAAGAAGCAGAGGAUCGAACUGCGCAUGUUCGACCAGGCCCAGACUGAGAUCGAGGGCGGGUUGGAGGAGAGCGCGUACCGCGCUUUUCUCACCUCGGACAUCUACCUGGACUACGUGCGCUCCGGCGGCGAGAACGCCGCGUGCACCGGACACGCCCACACGCAUGGCGGCUUGGCGAGCCUCGAGCUGGUAUGCGGCUACCUGCCGCCUUUGAUCGAGGACAAGGAAUGGAGUUGUGGUGAGCUGAAGGCCAAAGCGCUGGCGGCUGUAGUCGGGCUGUCCGCCGAGACACUGCGCGCCACCAUGACUCUCCGCACCGCAGACUGCAGGGUUCAGAAACGCAGCGACCCGGCCAGUCCGUGUUUCGUGAACUCGGGUCACGUCGUGGCUCCAGCCAGCAGCGCUAACGACAGCGAGGUGUCCAGCGACGCCACCACUGACGACUCCAUGUCCAUGACUGACAGCAGCGUGGACGGGAUCCCGCCAUACAAGCUGGGCACGAAGAAACAGCUCCAGCGGGAGAUGCACCGGAGCGUCAAGAUCAACGGACAAGUUUCACUCCCCCACUUUCCCAGGACGCAGCGUCUGCCGAGAGAGAUGGCUCCGGUGAAGCCGUCCGCGUUUGCAGCAGAGCUCAUCGCCCGUCUGGAGAAACUGAAACGCGAGCAAGAUACGCUCAGCUCUCUGGAGGAAAGGUUGCAGCAGAUCCAGGAGGAAGAAGAACGGGAUGAUGGUGAAUUACCUGUAGUUGUCCCCCAGCAGCCUCCUGCCCCUCUCAACCUCCUCUCCUCUGGAUUAUGUGACGAAGACCCUCAGGCCAUCCUGGACGAGCACCUCUCCAGGGUCCUAAAGACCCCAGGGUGCCAGUCCCCUGGCAUACCAGGAUACUCGCCUCGCUCCCGUUCGCCAGACCAUCACCAUCAGCCAAGCUCCGCCCCCAAUCUCUUACCUACCAUGCACUGUUCUGUACCAUCCAAGACGUCCGUGAUGGCUCCCCAGCCCUCCACCAAGCAUAUUCAUCACCACUACAUCCACCACCACCAUUCUGCUUCGCCCAAGAGCAGAGAGGAGAUGGAGGUCGAGGCGGCGCACCGAGUGGCGCAGUGCCUAGGCUCAUCCGGGUCAGAUUACUGCUACCAGAGGUGCCACAACUCAGCUGAUCUUCAACAAGGGCAUACCAGCACGUUGUCUAAGCGUCCCAGUAACAUCAGUGAUGGAAUGAGUGGUUGCAAGUCAAGCGAAGAGGAAAGCAACUCCCCUCUGCUCUCCAGAGAUGGUAUGGUCCGAUCUCACAACGUGUGGCAGUGGAUCCUGGAAAGCGAGAGGCAGAACAGGCACAAACCUCACAGUUCUCAAGGCCUGAAGAAGACGCACCCAAGCGACCCGUCCUCGAAGAUGCCCUUAUGGGGUGGCGGAGGAGUAGGUGGUCAUGUUCGAGCACACCAUCCAGGUCACCCGUUUGUCCAGGAUCCCACUAUGCCACCUCUAUCCCCACCAAAUACCCUCACCCAGCUCGAAGAAGCCCGCCGAAGACUGGAAGAAGCCUCCAAGGCCAAUAAACAAAGACACUCAGCCUCCAGCCUGCAGAGAGAGAGAGUGCAUCCGUCUCUUUUCUCCAACAGCAGCUCGCCUCUCAUCAACCCUGCCUUGCAGAUGGACGAGUGGAAGGAGCAGCGGCGGCUGAGUGCCGGACAUUCCAGCGCCCACUCUGGCUCGGAGCUGGUGGUCACCUACUUUUUCUGCGGCGAAGAGAUCCCUUACCGCAGACUCAUGAAGACCCACAGCCUCACUCUCGGCCAUUUCAAAGAGCAGCUCCGCAAGAAAGGCAACUACAGGUACUACUUUAAGAAGGCCAGCGACGAGUUCGAGUGCGGUGCUGUGUUCGAGGAGAUCUGGGAGGACGGCACGGUGUUGCCGAUGUACGAGGGGAAGAUCCUGGGAAAGGUCGAGCGCAUGGACUAAGCACAUCCGGCUAGCCAGUACGCCUUUUAACGGUUACCAAGCGCUGGGAUAACAAACGAACUUCCACUAUCCAAACACACUGCCACCAGGAACUUCAGAAACAAGGCUAGCCGUCCAUCAGACACCAGGCAAACAGACUCCUUUGGCACUAAUGUGUGCCUUUUGAAAGCUACCUAGAGUUAAUAUAUUUGAAAAAAAAAAAAAAACUAAACAAAAAGACCAACUGGGAUGUGAUUGAAGAAAAUAAUAACCAAUGAAGAUAAGCAGAAGACCCUUUUUUUUUCCCC